AUGAUUCCUUUAGCAUGCCGUCAGCUAAAUUUUGACGAAAGAAUCGGCUUUAUCACGAAGCACGAUGAUUUUGUGCCGAGCAGUCGUCGGGCAGUUUCACUACAAGUUGCUCCUUUCUCAAAGAUUGCAAAGGCUGAGGAACCGUCGUCGUUGAGCCGGUCAAAUGGAAAACGAAAAAUUGGCUUCAAGUCCUGCGGAGAAAUACACCAGGAAUGGCCUCAGGUUAACAGUGGAUAUUUUUGGAUAAAAAUCGGAGACAGAGACGCACAAGUGUAUUGCGAUAUGGAAAAUUAUGGUGGAGGCUGGACCUUAGUUGUGAGUAUCAGUUCUAAGAAUAACGAUCAUCUUCAGAGAACUGCUAACAACUGUCUCAACUCCAUAUUGUGUGUGCCUUUUUCGGACAAGAAUAUCACAAGCCGGAAACUGGGCGACGAGGACUUACAUAAAAUGACAAAUACAGAAGGAACGUUUAGAGUGGACAUAUUGAGGAAUAAUGGAAUUUUUACGACUUAUUUCCAGAUACCCAGUGGACCGGAAAAAUUCAACUCAACCUGCAGCUGGGGAAAUUGUCCGCGAAUUAUUGUUUCUCAUUCUUACCCAUAUACUUGGGAGACGAACCACUGCACAAGUAUUGACGUGGGAUAUCACAUUGCACACGGAUGUCAUAGCGUGUUCGAUGUACACGACGAUGGGGAGUGUGGCUAUCAAUGGUUGUCGUCUAGACUCCAGGAAUACGGUUACGAGGGACGAGCUUUGUACGGUUAUCAUUGUCCCGGACACCCGCUGACUAGUCUCGGGAUAUACCGCAACCAAGAAGGAAUGCUAUACGUGAAGUGAUUAUUGAACAGUCC